GUUUCGCUCUCCGCCCUCAACGCAUAAAGUAUAGCGGCGACCGCAGCCUCUCGUCAACGCCAAAAGGUCCUCGUGACAAGCGGAGAUGACAGUGAUGAAGCGACGAAGUAGACAGGCAGACCCUGCAGCAAAAAGGUUGCUUCUUGGUAGUCGAAUGAAACGAACAAUGGAACGACCCAAACAGCUUUAAAGGAGUAGAACUUUUUGAAACAUGUGUCAGUACGUGGAGAUGUGUAACGAUACCUGGCGGAAAGAGGAGCAGCAGGUGCGUGCAGUGCUGCUUGUACCGAAAGAUCAUCAACAAGCUGUCGCCAGGUUGAGGAAGCGAACGGCUGCUCUCGCGUUGUGGUGUGUGUGUGCCUUACCCCUUCCUGGAGCAACCUGCAUCGACUUUGAAAAGAUACAUUUUCGUUCGGCGAACGCGCCAGGGUGGAUGAUCGCUAGAGUCGGGUGCCCGAGACUGCUGGAAAUUCGCAACGAGAAGUGAAGUAUAUAAGGUAUCGAGGUUCACAAGUCCUGGGCUGGCCUGUGCCCUGAGGCGUCUUACUUGUAUUCGACACAAAAGGAAGCUUGUGGCCUUGGAUAGGAGGAAAAGCUGGUCGCCCCCGUAAGCGUAUAUUGCUAACAAAUUGUUGUUCCAUUUCAACGAAUUCUAGGGGACUUCCUUGUGUUAACUGUCUCCUACAAGACUGGUUAUACUUGGCCGUUGCAAACCAGUUACUCAACACGUGCAGACUUGGGCGACAAGUAACACGAAAAUGCUUGAGUACUUGGGAUUUGAAUUUUUAAAGCCUAAAUUCAAAUGCUGGAUCAACGACUGUUCAUAACACGACAUAGAAGCGCUGUUGUUGUUUUUCCAGUAGAUGCCAUGGAGCACUAUACAAGUUUCCUGCGGUUGUUCUUCAUCGCACUUUGCCUUCUCUGCACCACGCUAGUACUGCUCUCGUUGCAUGGCUACUAUAGUCACCAGGACAACUAUCACUCACAAACACUGACGUCGGUGAGCAGCGCGGCCCGCAAUAGCACCGGGAUCAAGGUACUGUUCUGGACCACGACACACGGUCUCUGGUACUGGCCUUUGAGCAAGUCCGCACAAGGACUGGUACGCCUCGACGGCUGCAACGUGCCGUGCUCCGUGACUCGGGACCGGUCCCUCAUACGAUCCGCGGACGCGAUCGUGUUCCACGACAGGGACGCCGACGCCAGUGACCUGCCCAGCUACCGCCACGAACGCCAGCGCUGGGUCUACUGGAACAUGGAGCCUCCACCGAAUAGCCGGCCUGACAGAAUGGCGAGACUCAGGGGCGUCUUCAACUGGACCUACACAUACCGGCACGACUCGGACGUCCACCACCCCUACUUCUCUUUUGUCAACCAGUCCGUGCAAGGCGCUACGACGUCUUCGACGCGCCGGUCAGCUCCCUCCGUGAGAACUAACCGGUCCAAACUUGCUGCCUGGGUGUCCAGCAACUGCCACACCCAGAGCCACCGAGAGGACUUCGUCGCCGAACUCCGGAAGCACGCCGCCGUCGACGUGUACGGCCGUUGCGGCGACCUCAAGUGUCCCACCGACCCCCCGUGUCAGGCUACCUUCGGCAAGACGUACUACUUCUACUUGGCGUUCGAGAACUCCCAGUGUCGCGAAUACGCGACGGAGAAGUUCUACGACGCCCUGCGCUUAAACUUGGUCCCCGUGGUGCUCGGGAACUACGUCAAUGUAUCGGCGCCUCCCAACUCGUACAUCGACGCGUUUCAGUUUCCCACUCCGGCACACCUGGCGUCGUACCUGAAGGCGGUGGCAGCGAACGCCACGCUUUACGAGCGGUACUUCGCUUGGAAGCGGACGCACGCCGUCGUGAAGAACCGCUUCGACGACCACUGCGCCCUCUGCCAGGCGUUGCACACGGCCCGUCCGGGUGAGCGGAAGUUGUACGCGGACAUCGUGCGUUGGUGGCAUGGCGACCAUGGGUCUGCGUGCGCGCAUCGAUGGAACGGGGAGACCAGGUCAUAGUGGCACGAACCCGUGUCAUGUACCCGCGUCAAUAAGCUGAUGACACAUUCACAUGGGUUUCACGCGAGUCGCAGGUUCGGUUGUUCUGCCGUGGCGGCCGCAUUUCGAUGGUGGCGCAAUGCAGAAUACGCUCGAUUGUGUACCUAAUUUAGGCGCACGUUAUAAACCCCGGUUGGCAAAAAUUGUUCCGGAGUCCUCCACUGAUGCUGUCCCUUAUGUUGCGCUGGGACGUUAAGCCCCAUUUGUCAAUCAAUGAAUCAAUCAAUCAGUCAGUCACUCUUACUGCGAGAAGAGGCUCCGCAGGUUAGAAAAGGCGCAAAAAGGCAAGACGGGUGGCGACACCACCCUGAAGUUCUCGCACUGCAGCUCUCUGUGACGUCAUGGAUUUUGACGCCGUCUGCUAGAUUCUAGCUUAUUGUUUAUCGAUAAAGAUGAACUACACGAUGUUCUAAAGGAGCCAAAGAUUGAACGUGGCAAUUUCUUUGGAAACAUUUGCUGAACCAACACAGCGCAAAUACGAAAAUUUGCUGUGAAAUACAUGACGUCACUGUGACGGGCCUGUGCUGUUAUAU